AUGUCAGCCCCGGCCAGCGGGCGCCGAGGAGAUGAGGCUGUCCUGGACCCACGGGGAACGCGGUGCAGCCGGCACCGUCGGUGCGCUGCGGGGACGCGCCGGCAACCGGGGCCCGUGAGCAGCGGCAGAGGUUUCAGCGGUGCAGAGAAAACCAUCUCCCUGCGGUUUUCUGCGUGUCGUGCCGUCACCUGGUCCCUCGAGAGCCACGAUGAGCACACUGAGAGGGAGUCUGGGCGUUUUCAGCAAGGAUUGCUCCAAGGGCCGCGGUACAGAAGGCGCCUGCCUCCCGAGGAGGACGCGGUGGCAUGCUCUUCUGUGCACGCUUGGAAACCGGCCUGGCAGCGGACGCGCCGCUCGCUUGUGCUGCAUUUCCCCAGCCUCUGCUGCUUGGGUUUGCGCCGGAGCAGCCUCAGCCCAGCCCAGCGGUAUUCUUCGUGGGAACGAUGCUCUGUGCUGGGAGGAUUUCUCCAGUCUGCUGUCACCACCAGGAGUGAACUGACGUGCGCCGAGCAUCAGUUACCCCUUGACAAUCGCCUCCGUUGUCUCUGUGAUCAAAACAGCAGCGCGGGGAACUGCGGCUGUGAGUGGCAGGCACGGUGUCACCCAGGAGGCACAGCAUUCCUGGUACGUGUGAUGCAGCUGGGAGAUCUCGUCUGUGUCUACCUCCGUGUGCAUCCCAACACUCCGCAGACGCAGAACAGGAAAAACAACAGGAAAAGGCAGAACAGAGACAGGAGGAAUCUUUCUCUUGAGAUCCCGACAAAUGCAGACAGAUGGAUCGAGGUCAACGCUUGCUGUAGAGUCAGGAUGCUAAAAUAUACAGCCCUGAAAACAUCGCUGUGGGCCCGGCAGCCCGUGGGGUCUGACCGCAGCCCCACAGCCCCUUCCAGAGCCACCCCCUGCGCUGGUCUGGGGCUGGAGCGGGGUCUCGGGCAGGGUGGGCAGCGCCAGCAGGGCAGAGCAGGGAGACGGCGGCACCAGCUCAGGACCUGGGCGGGAGUGGGAAACCUCAACUCCGAGCGGCUCGGUGUGGAGAAGCCCCAUGUUGGGCAGCCGGCCCCUGGCCCCCAGCGGAGUCUCAGCAGCCUCCCCGCAUGAGGGAAGGCUUUUGUGGGCUCCCAGGGUCCGUUCUGAGCGCGCCCUGGGGCCAAGGCCAAACUCCCACGGGCUGCUGAGCAGCAAACCCUGCCAGGCUUUCUUAUCUCCUGGCCGCUCCUUGUUCCCGUGUCCUUGAGAGCAGAGAGGGGCCGUUAGAGCCCUGUGUGAAAAUACAGGGAGGGGGAACAAAGAGCGGGGCAGGGGGGGCUGGCACGUCCUCCUCGGCCCUGCCAGGGGCUGGGGGAGCAGCAGGGAGCUUAGGGAGAGGCGCAGGGCUGAGCACUGGGGAGAGAGUGAGAAUUUCCUCGGUGGCCUGUGCCUUCCUCUGGCUGUAAAUCACAAAUCAGCGCCGUUCAGAAGGGCCCAGCGCCUCGGCUGCGUGCCCCUGUGCAGCGAAAGCCCGCAUUUGGAGAGCUGGCUGGAAAAUGGGCCAAAGGAGUGACCAAUUUCACUGGGAAAACUUGUUCUCUCUGGCUAACACAUCCCCUUGGUAGCCCACGGCAGCGUCCCAUCCCGGCGAGCAGCAGCCAGCGCCAUGCCACGCUGGGGGUCGCAGACCUGCAGCUCGGAGCGAGCGCCCGGCCCCAGCACCCGCAGCGGCACCUCCCCGACAGCUCCCCCAAAACAGCAGCACGUCCGUCCCCCCCCCGACACUCCGGCAGGGCAGCGACCAGCCAGAACUGUCCCUCUCAAACCUGCAGCUUAAAAACUGUGGGAAAACUACCCCAGCAGACACACACAAAGUGAACGAGCUAAAGUAAGAUUUAUAGGGGAAAUGUUACUAAACUGAGCUGAUAAGAUUGAGUCAGGAGCACAAAAGAGACAAAGGCAGCAAGAGCAGCCUGCCCAAUCAAACAGCCCGGCCACUGCACAAAAAUACCCUGAUCUAAUCCGCUUUAGAGCUGAGUACAGCUGGAGCGGUCUAGCAGGAGAGGAGUCUGACUCCCAAAACGCGCUGCCUUCUGCUACCACUCUCCGAGCCGUUGGGAGUCAUCCCCUUAUCUCAGGUGCCUACAGGGGCUCCCUCCUGGCCAGCAUGUUUCGUCCACCACAAGAGCCCCGACAUCUGUGAAAAUAAAUCACUGAAAGGACAAACUCUAGGAGAGCUCCUAGGGAGAGCAGCAGGAGACAGAGGAUUGUGCUUUGACUGCUUCUUCCUCAUCUGGGGCGUGGGAGAUGCCCAGGCAUCAGGAAGGCACAUCUCUAUUUCUCAGAGCUGAGCAACAGCAAACAAGGGUGGAAAGCAACCGUCCCAGCCGGGCCGCUGUCCUGUCGUGCAGCUGGACAUGAGCCUCCUCCGUGUCCCCCACCGCAGCCACCCAAACACCCAUAAAUCUGCCACCCGCGGAGCCCGGUGCUGUGCAGCCUGCGCCAGGCCCCUGCCCUCCCCGCUGCUUUCCUGCCUUUGUGCUCCGCUUCCUGAGCAGCGCCUGCAGCGCGGCCCCGCAGGACAAGGACGCAGCCAGGCAAAGCUCCGGCUGGCCUCGGCCCGACCGCUGCGUUCGCGUGACAGCGGGCUGCCGUCGCAAACAAAGCCCCUGGAAACCCGGGGGUUUGCUCAUCCGCGGGCUGGCCAGAGCCUUCCAUCAAACACUGCCAGCAGUGCUGGGAGUGCCCUGCCCACAGCGGGCAUCGUGCCGGGUUUUGCUUGGCUUGGGAACUCUGGAGCACCGGAGUGACACAGAAACUCCCCCAGUACGUGUUUUGAUUAUCCUUCAGGUGAUCUUUGCUUUCUUUUUGGAGGGGGGAUGUUUUUCUUUUUCAGGGGCUCUUUGAGCAGCGACCCUGCAAUGGCUGCGGGUUAUUAGGGACGAGGACGCGUUCGCCAAGCAGCGGACGAGCGAGGCGUGGAUCCGACCCCGCUCUUCACACGCAAAACGGCACGGAAUCAGCAGUCUUGAUGGCAAGUGUGAUACCCGGGAGCUGGGUACGGAGCCCAGUGGUGAAUUCAUGGCUGCUGGCAGACGCUUCACGAGCAGGGAGCGGGGCUGGAUCCAUUGAUCCGUCUACACACCCCGCCUUAUUUAUUUGCCUUUAGUUGCAGGACUAGAGCUCUACUCCUCCCUCUUGUCUGUGAGCCAGUCCAUGCCUCAGCUCCGCUACACGCAGCCAUUUCAGGGCCACGAGCAGAGAGACGUUGAUGAAACCUCCCUGCAAAGCGACGUCGCUUAAUUCACCACAAACUGCCCAAGUAACGCAGCGAGAUGCCGCUCCAGCGAGACAGCCGUUUCAAACGGGCCUCCAGCCAAGACGCGGGCCGUUUGUCUGCUUGAAAGGAAUCGUUAAAUAAAUAA